CCCGCCGCGCCGCUUCAGAGGAGGAGGAGGAAGGGGCCGUGGCUACUGAGUACAGAGCGCAUCGAUCGCGCCCGCCUCUCGGCUCCCUCGGCAGCCCCAGCCCUCGCCCGUCCCCCGCCAUUUCAGACCGGGACGGAAAGGAACGCGGAGCGGCGGGCGAGAAGGGGAGGCACCGGCGCGUGCUUCCCUCUGCCCCGCCAGGCAGGUCUGCUAAAAAAUGACAGAGUAUAAACUUGUUGUCGUUGGAGCUGGUGGUGUAGGCAAGAGCGCCCUGACAAUACAGCUGAUUCAGAAUCACUUUGUGGAUGAAUAUGACCCUACAAUAGAGGAUUCCUACAGGAAGCAAGUAGUAAUCGAUGGAGAAACCUGUCUGUUGGAUAUUCUUGAUACAGCAGGUCAAGAAGAAUACAGUGCACAAUCGAGGGACCAGUAUAUGAGAACAGGGGAAGGCUUCCUGUGUGUAUUUGCUAUAAACAAUACAAAGUCUUUUGAAGAUAUUCACCAUUAUAGGGAACAAAUAAAGAGAGUUAAAGACUCUGAAGAUGUCCCAAUGGUGCUAGUAGGAAACAAAUGUGUGCCUUCACAGAACGUAGAUACAAAACAAGCUCAGGAUUUAGCAAGAAGUUAUGGAAUUCCUUUCAUUGAAACAUCAGCAAAAACAAGACAGAGAGUGGAGGAUGCUUUUUAUACAUUGGUGCGAGAGAUUCGACAGUACAGAGUGAAAAAAAAGCAGCAAAGAAGACCAAAGACUCCAGGGUGCGUGAAAAUUAAAAAAUGCCUAUGUAAUGUAACAGGGGUGUUGAUGAUGCCUUCUAUACAUUAGUUCGAGAAAUCAGAAAACACAAAGAGAAGAUGAGCAAAGAUGGUAAAAAGAAGAAAAAGAAGACAAAGACAAAGUGUAUAAUUAUGUAAAUACAAUUUAUCCUUAUUCUUAAGAAGUACUUAAGUAAUUUUUGUACAUUACACUAAAUUAUUAGCAUUUGUUUUAGCAUUACUUUACUUUCUGCUUCAUGAUCCUGUUAGCUUUACCUGAAUGCUUGUUUUAUGACAGUGGAAACUUCAUUCCUCUUUAAGUGCCAGUAUUCUUUGACUGUUGGUUCUUGAACUAGCAAAGCCUGUGAAAAAAAAAGAGCAAAAAACAAAAAAAUCAAACAAACAAAAAAAAAUACACACACAAAACCCUGAGAACUGUCUUGGACUCUUUGGUGCAUGCACAGUUGCUAACUUCCUAUUUUUCUUACUGAUUGUGAACUUCUGUUCUGUGUGCAAACCAAACAAUGAAAUGAUGCUCUGCACAUUCUAACAUCCCCUUUUAUUUUUUUGUUUUUAAAUCUGGUUGGGACAAAAGGACUAGUUAGCAAAAGAGACUUCCAUUUCACUCUUUCUUUUGUUAUAGACUGACUGCAAUAUAGAGAGACCAGAAGCCGUUAAAGUCUUCCUGUAGAUUUUGCUUCUAGGCAUCUAGUCUUGUAGUCAUUUCAGAUCAACUUUAAUGAAUGUAAAGAUAAACUUUCACAAAAAAACUUUCACCACAAUUUGUCACGGUCACUCCUUAAAUAUUCUAUUUUUUCUAUAAAAAGAGAAAAAUAAAAAAAGACAACAGUGCACAUCUGGCAAUGGAAAAAUUGUAGAAGUUCUAGUUAGGUUGAUUUGCUAUUGUUAAAGCAUUGCUUUAAGACUUUCACUGACUUUCUGUGUCUGAAGACUAAGGUGAAAUCCUAGCUCUCCUGACCCCCAGUGGCAAAUCUUUCAGUAGCUUUGUUCAGUAGGUACAGGAUUUCACCCUUAGUGUCUCUAGGCAAUACUAGGAAGCCUUAACCAAUAAGUUGAUUCAAAUUCUUAGGUUAAUUCAUACAUGGAUCCAGAAUUUACCAUAAGAAUUAAAUGAGAAUGAAUCCUAAACUAUAUAACAAAGUAACACCAUUCUUUUUUUUUUUUAAUCUCCUAAGAGUGGCAUUAAAUAUUUCCAGUUGCCCAUUUUGUGCAAAAUAGGGGAGGAAUUUUAAAUUCUAAUUACAUCAAAUGAGUGAGUGAAUGAAUUGAAUUUAGCUGCUUCAUGCAAAUAAUUGGGAAAUCCGCUAUGCCAUAAAAAUAGUGUGGAAUUUGCACAAACUGUCAGCAUAGAACUUGGUUUCCAGAGUCAGUGUUGUUUGUGUGAUGUUCAUGAAGUACUAGUUAUGUUGCAGAGAUUAAAUGGUCCGUGAGCAGCAUUCCAGUGUCUAGACUUGUCAUGAAGCUAGACCAAGAUUUUAAUGUUCUCAUUCUCUGUGAUUAAGUUCUCUUGUGGUUUCUCCCCUCACUCCUCUCUCUUUCUGACUGGAAAUCAUGCAGAAUUUUUCGCACCAGCUUUCAUUUUUUUUGGUACUGCAGUACUCCAGUUGUUCUGCACUAAAAUAAGAGCCAGUAAUUCCAGUGUUACAGGUUCCUGUUGUCUUACUGUACAUGUUGCAUUGAUUGUUUCAUUAGGGCCCUGGGUUCCUGAAGGUGCACUUCUUCGUAGUACCUAACUCAGCUGUAGAGUAAAAUGUGAAAAUGUGACUCCAGCGUACCCCCAAAAACUAAAACACAAGACAUCAAAGUAGGAUAGUCGAGGACACUGGGAAGUUUGGAACAGGGAAUAGCAGCAUUGCCCUAACCUAAGGUAUACCUAAACAGUUAUGUGGAAAUGUUAGUACAAUUUUCACAUAGCUGUGUAACUUGGACCAUUUAUAUGAUGUCAAAGGGGCAACUGCAUGAGAAAAGUGUUCUUUUGCUGCUGUGAAAAAAGAAAACCCACGGUGGAAAGCUGCAAAGCUGGCAAGGGGACAUACACUGUCUAGGUUGCUACCUGUUCUUUAAUUUCAAUGUGGCUGAGAGAAAUAAUGCUUUUCCCUGCCUACGCCCAUUGUUCCCCACUCUCCACCAACACCCAGACCCCUCCCCUCCUUGCAGCUUCGAUGUGAAAUAUAGAUUGUGAAAUAUUCUGAAAAGCAGUAAUAGGAGAGCCUAAUAUUAUACCGUAAGGACCAAUAAGAUAUAAGAACAGAUUCACAGUGUCACAAAACAUUUUACAGCUUCCAAGGUUAAAACAUUUUGGAGAUGGGUGGUUGGUUGCACAUUUUAGAUGCUUUUGAUUAUGUAUGAGGAACGUAGCAAAGGUGGAUAGUAUGAUUUGAGGAAAUUGAAGUAAUCUUAAGAUUACUUUAAGGUUUUUGGUAACUGAGUCACACUGCAUGAAAAGUUAGGGCUGGUCUAAAAUUCCUUGUUAGUUUAACCAAAAACCAUAAGGAGAAAUUUUAGCUGAAAUGUCUUGGUCGUCAAAUAUGGAUUUAUAUAGCUCUAAUUAUAAAGGUAUAUAUGAAAUAAGAUUUUUUUGUUUUCCCAGUGUUAUCUGUAGCUACCAAGCUAAUUAAAUUUAGUACAAAAUCUAUUUAAUUAGACCUUAUUUACGGGUUCUUUUUUUUAAAAAAGAAAAAUAAACAUCCUUGCCACUGUUGUGCAGUUUUGUCUUAGUAUCUGUUGAGAUUUGGUGAAGCAUGUUGGAUUGCAGCUUGCACAAGUUGAUCUCGUAAUUAUUCUGUCUUUCCUUAUUUCAAAUGCUUUCAAAGAACGUACCUGGAUGCUAUCUGCUCUGAUAGCAACUCCUAAAUGAACAUGUGACUCACUUACCAUGUUAAUACAUUAAAUUGCCAUGUGUCAGGGAGUAACGCCUUCUUACAGUAGCUUUAUGUAACUCCGGUAAACAACUUUAUCAUUGGUUUUCUCAAAAAUAAACUUUCACCAUUUUGCCCAGUCUCAUUGCCCUAAUAUUUAUGCUAACUUAAAGAUGUUUCACUGUAUAAUUUUGUUACAGUAACAGGACCUCUGUAAUGGGUAAAUACUGACACACAAUCUUCUGCUCUUGUCUAUACUAUGAAGCAAUACAAUUGUUACCUUCAAAGACCAUCAGACUGUAAACAAAUCAUUUUGUCUCAAGUUUACAUAAAGCUACAUAGAUGGUAAAUCUUUCCUAACAUUUCUUUAUUCCACUGUCUUGUGUUUUCAUGUUGAAAAUACUUCUGCUUUUUCCUCUUGAGUGCCAACUUCUUACUAGAAUGACUUCUUAAUGUAAUAUGUUUACCUGGAAUGUAUUUUAACUAUUUUUGUAUAGUGUAAACUGAAACAUGCACAUUUUGUACAUUGUGCUUUAUUUGAUGUGGAACAUAUGCAGUGUGAUCCAGUUUUUCCAUCAUUUGGUUGCGUGACCUAGGAAUGUUGGUCAUACCAGACAUUAAGUUAAAAAAAGGAAAAAAAAAAAAGACCACUGUUUGUUUUAAAAUUUUUUAAUGUUUUUAGGAGUAUGUGCUGUGAGGUGACCUGGAAUUUGUCAUUUUUUUGUCAAACUGUACUGCUCCUAUUUAUUGUAAUGUAAUAAAAAAUAGUUAUUGUGAGUUUCUGUCCCAGUUUGCUUUUUUUCUCUCCAAGAUUUUCACUGCCGCAUCUCUGCAACAGAGUAUCCCGGGGACUUUAUGUGUUUGGCAGUGCUUCUCAGUGCCUGUCACACAGCUUUUGUCUUUGCCCACUGGUGUUCCCUUCUUCUGAGGGAGUGCCACUGCGCUUUGACAAAAUGCUUUAUUGUACUGAUCCCUAUCCUCUGGUCUGUGCUGCUUUUGCAUUUUGUACUCUGAUUCAGGUGAGGCUGCACUUCACAAUCUUUGGAGCACGUUGCUUGGGCUGUACCAUCUUCAGUCAUGCCCCAGAGACCUCAUCUUCAUAACUCUGACAUCAGCUUCAACGUGAAUUAGUCUACAAGUUUAAAAUUCUCUGAAUCGAUAUUCUGUGUUCAUUCUGAGGUGCAAUUUGGUUUAUUUCUAUCAAAUGCCUUCCAUAAACUUACAAAAAAUAUGAAGGACAUUCUAUAGUACUGAUUGUGUCCCAUGGAGGGCGAGAAGUGUGAAACUGCUACUGUUCUAUAAAUAAACUUGUGUUUUGGCCCUUUGUUACCAUCUCUGGAUAAUCUUUUACCGACUGCCGAGAAGGCUAGGUUGAACUUUGUAUAUAGAGGUAUUCACUGAGAACAGGUUUAGCUCCUCUACAUAUGUUGCAGUUGGGUUGAUGGGGAAGGACUGUUUUUCACCUUGAUGUGGUGCUGGAAGCUGAAGCACAUAAAUUUCAUCACAAGGUAGUGUUACUGUCUAAUAUGACAUUUUUUUUGUCGUUGUCCUGUAAUUUACAUAAGUGAAGCCUUGCUAUUGCCAACAGUUCUCCUGCUGUGAUUACCUACCUAUAUGUCAAAGAUCACUGAUGUUCUAUCUAUCUCCAGUGUCAUUUAGUUCUUUUCCCAAGGAUGGGAAAUGCCAACCAGCCCUAGCACAUGCAGAGUUAUCAGUUCUGGCACAAGUUUGUGCAGGCAAGCCAAGGCCUACAGUGUUAAGCACGGAGCAAACAUCCAUGGAUUUCUCCUUCAGGGGAAAGGAUCAAGUUCCAUAUUCCUUCUACAGUACUUACACAAUGUCAGAAUCGCUGGUAGCAUGAACUGUCUUCAGGGUUUAAGUGCUUAAACUAUUAUUGCUAUAAUUCACCUGGCCCUAUAGUAUUCUCUGUGACACAGUAACACUGUGCAUCUGCCAGCCUGCCAAUGUGAGUCCUGCACCUUAAACAGAUGCAGUUAAAAUGUUUGGGAACUUAAUUUACUUUUGAGAAGAUACUCAUUUAAAGUGAAAAUGAGAAUUAUUAAGUAUGGAAGUCUUUCAAAACCAGAAUACUAUUCUAAGUAAUGAGAACAGGGCCUUGAAUCAGCACUCACACACAGAGCAACAAGGUAAGAGGAGUUCUCUGUUCAACAUCUAAGUAAAAAUGAAAUGGAACAGAAUCAAGUUACCAUCUUCUGCCUGCAAAACUGUGUCCAUACAUGAAGCUUUAGUUCAAGGAGGCCAAAAGUAGUUGAGAAAAACUUAUUACCCAUGUAACACAAACCCCAAAUCCUCCGAGCAACUACCUAAGGGUAAGCAAAUCCUAAUUGUGUUUUAGAUGGACUAGAAGGAUUACGUUUCAUGUCUUCUGAGGGUUACAGUUCUUUUAUUGUUUAUGGAUUUGUAUAGUUACAUGCAGAGUUAUUAAUAUUAUUGAUUGUCAUCACUGUAGUAGCGGUGUUUCAGAGCUCUGUAUUUUCUGAGAAAGUACAAGCUUCCAGCUCUUUGAUAACAAAUUCUCCUCGUGCAAUUAGUUGCUUAAUUUUUUUCAGGAUCUUUCUCAUCUUUAUUUUUU